CAAUUGAGGACAUCUGUAGUGAAUGCAGUGAAGACAGACUGUAAGGGGUCUGUACCUGUAAUAGGCCUACGCUCCAGAAGAACUGAACCUUCAGAAUAAUAUGGACGAUACAGUUGCGUACCUGAACUAUCUGAGCAAAUGUCGCGGAAAGUAUUUCUUCGCAACGUGCCUCUGCUGUUAGCUAUUGGCGGAGGCGUGUAUACAGGUUACGAGGUGUUUGAUCCGCUGUUCAGAGAAGAGCGUGAUCGACUCAUUCGUGAAGGCGUGCUGGUCCUACCGGAAGAAGUCGGCAAGCAACCCGAGGGCACCACCGUUACCGGAGAUGUGCCUCUCUCAGACUUUUCCGGAAUACCCCCGGACGCGAUCCAGAUCAACCCGUUUGAGCCUUUACUGCACGAGGCUGCGCCUGCAAAGUCUUACUGGCACUAUCUUAGGCAUCCAACCGAGUUGCUGGGGUCGAAACCGCUGAGCGCGGCUGAUGUUGAGCAUAUGAAGAUCACGACUACGGCGUCAAAGGAGAAGUGAUGGGGAUUUCGAUGAUAUGGGAUGAUUAUAUAGCCUAGUGAACGGAGUUGAAGU